UCUCAGAAAGUUGACCUUUCAAAAACACCUCAGACACACAAACGCCGGUCUCCCCUGACAACACACUGGAACCUUGGGGUGAACGCAGACAAUUAUGAUGCAAGGAAAGGACCAAGGUGGCCCAGGCCUCAGUCAGAUGAACUCAAGUCUGCAGCAACCACGAGGGGGAAGAGCAUUCACAUUGUUUAAAACCAAACAAACAGAAACAAAGCCAGGGAAACAGUCUUGGAGAAAUGAAGUUUAAAGGAUCAAACUUAGCUCCUGAGUAGAAGCGAACACCCACCGUCUCCCAUUAAAAUGACUUCGCAGCGGCCAUUCCCGGCAGAUGACUUCCGGGUCUACUGUGUCCUCGCGGAGUGUGCAGAUUAUGACUCCCUGCCCGAGUCUGAGACCCAGCCACACUUCCAGGGUGUGACAGGACUGCGGAACCUGGGCAACACGUGCUACAUGAACGCCAUCCUGCAGUGUCUGUGCAGCAUCUCCCCGCUCGUGGAGUACUUCCUCUCCGGAAAGUACAUCACCGCUCUUCAGAAGGACUGCAGUGACGUCACCACCGCCUUUGCCUACCUGAUGACAGAUAUGUGGCUUGGGGACUCAGAGUGUGUCUCACCAGAGAUAUUUCUGUCGGCUCUUGGCAGUCUUUACCCAGCUUUUCUGAAAAAGACACAGCAAGAUGCACAGGAGUUCCUGAUUUACGUCCUCAAUGAGCUUCAUGAAGCUUUGAAAAAGCACUGCCAGAGAAGAGCACAUGAGAAAAGAUCUGCCCAACGAUGCUGCAGGAAGGUGAUGGCCAGCGAGACGUCCAUCAUCACCCGGCUGUUUGAAGGACAGCUCAGUUACAGCAUCACAUGUUUGAAGUGUGAGAACUGCACCUACAGGAAUGAAGUCUUCACCGUCCUCUCCCUCCCCAUCCCAUCCGAGUGUGAAUGCUCCCUUCAGGACUGUCUCCAGUGUUUUUUCCAACAAGACACAUUGACCUGGAACAACCAAAUCCAUUGUUCUUUUUGUGAAAUCAAGCAAGAAACAGCUGUGAGGUCCACUAUUUCCAAAGCACCAAAAAUAAUUGUUUUUCACUUAAAAAGGUUUGACAUCCAGGGUACAGUAAAGAGGAAGCUGAGGACAGACGUCCGUUACCCACUCACGAACUUGGACCUCACGCCUUACAUCUGUCCAAUUUUCCGGAAACAUCCUAAGUACAACCUCUGUGCAGUGGUGAACCACUUUGGUGAUCUGGAUGGUGGCCAUUACACCGCCUUCUGCAAGAAUGCAGUAACUCAGGCCUGGUACAGCUUUGAUGAUACCCGAGUCAGUGAGAUUCCAGACACUUCAGUUCAAACGGCCACAGCCUAUCUUCUGUUCUACAGCUGCCAGCCCUUUUCUAUCCCGAUACAGACUCGCAAGAGCUAGGACAGCGCUCCCGACCACUGCAAACAAGCCAUCAGAAAAUGCAGGGAAUGUGCUUUGUCAUUAAAUCUUUACCACCUAC